AUGACGACUACACUGGUUCUCUGGCACAAUGCAGAAGAUUGGUUUAAAAUGACAGAUAUCACAUUGGCUUUAUUGAAUGGUUUAUGGAUUCUGGUUACUCAUUUGAAUGCGCUCGUUUUGAUUGCCACAAAUCGCUGCUCCAAAAUGUCCAACUCAUUGGAUUUUCCGAAUUUGGUCAUGAGAAAUGUGUUGCAGUGGGGUGAUAUGAAUUCGAUACUAACACUCCGAAAAGUUUCCCAUAAACUCAGAACAUUUAUUGAUGAAGAAAAUCCUGAUUUUCGCAUCGAAUGUUUGAAUGUAACCGUGCGAAAAGAUGUUGCAUAUCUUAGCAUUCAAUUCGACGGGACAAAUUUUAUGUCAAUAGAAUAUCAGAAGAAAGAGGAGUUUACAAUUGUAAAUUGUGAUAAACGAGAACGAAUCGUGAAGAUGCAUUAUCAGGAAGUGUUAAUCAAAGACUUGAGGAUAUUGUUAAGAAAUCAGAAAUCGAUUCUGAAAGAGUUGGGUAUAACUAUAGAGGAUUCUUUCCCCGGCUUCAAGAACAUUUUCACAUCGCGGCAGAUCAGAUUAAAAUAUUUGAAAAUGAGCACUACGACGAGCAAAGUUAUGGAAAUUCUUCCCAAUCUAUGCCCAAAGACUUUGCAAGAAGUCCAGUUGAUGAAUAAGAAUACAGCAUCCCCUCACAUGGAAUUAGAUGAAUUAAUGAAAUUAGGGCAUUGGCAAAACUUGAAGUGUUUUGUUACAUUUGGAUUCUGUUUUAAUGGAUCCAUAAGAGAAUUUUCACACUUUUUGUUUGCUCGAGUUGAAAUACAGUCGGCGACUCCAGAUGAUGUUCUUUUUUUGAAAGAGCUGCCGAGUUUCAAAGAAAUCCGUUUCAAAUCCAUGGAAUUUAAGGAGGGGGAUCGUCUGAAAGAGUUGUUGGGACCGCCUUCAUUUGAAGAUGAUAGUGUUGCGAAAUGGGAAUUCAGUGUGGCAGGAGAAAAUCGGAAACUUUGUAUUCUAGUUAGUAAAUUUGAAUCUUUUACUAUUUCUAACUAUCCUGUGUGA